AUGAGAUCAAGUGUUAAGAAAGCUACUAAGAUGAACUUGAGGGGACUUUGGUUCCUCUUCAAGAUUAUAUUUGUUUUACCGAUUAAGCAGGUGUUGCGAAGCAUAGGUAUAGUAGUAUUUAACAAAAGAAAGUUAGAUGGUGAUAUGCUUGGAAGAAUCUUUAUGAGAGAAUCUUUCCUGUUGGCUGAUAAAUAUAGUUGUAAUGGAGUUAUCAAUCCAUUGUUAGAUUUUCUAUCUGGUGUUUAUAGGAAGUUCAGUGGGUUUCCUACGACAGAGAUGAACCAGAUAGAAUGUGAUCUAAUAGAUCUAGACACAUCAGUAUUCAAUCAAAGACUAUUGAACCAACAUAUCAUCAAGAGUGACUAUGAAUGGUAUUAUAAGCCAGAAAAAUUCGAUCCAAAAGUAGAUCCCGUUUUGCUGUACUUCCAUGGUGGUGGGUUUGCUUUGAAGUUGAUUCCUGUUACACUGGUAUUUUUGAAUAAUUUAAGACAAUACUAUCCUAGGAUGGCUAUAGUCAUGUCAGAUUACACAGUUACUGAUGCAUUAAAUCAUAAUACUACAUACCCUUUACAAAACCUACAAUCGAUUUUAUUGUAUAAGUAUUUCACUGAAAUGAUAGGGUGUAAAAAGGUAUACUUGAUGGGUGAGUCUGCUGGUGGUAACAUGGUUUUAUCUCUGUUGGUAUACCUACAAAAAUGUGGUAAAGUACUCCCAAAAAAAGCCAUCGCUGUCAGUCCAUGGGUUAACCCAGCUAUAUUGUCAGAAGAAGAGAAGACAUUUAUGAAAGAUGACAAAUUAGAUUCUGUAUCAAUUAAAGGUUUAGAUCUAUGCAAGAAAUUAUAUGCUCCAAACAAUGAAUAUGCUCAUGAAUAUCUAACAGAACCAUUUUUAAAUGUGGAAUAUAAUUAUGAAUAUGAUGUCUGGCAUGGAAUUGUAGAAAAAUGUCAAUUAUUAAUAACCUAUGGUGAUGAUGAAAUAUUACAAAUGCAAAUUAAAUCUCUGAUAGAUAAGAUUACAGAACUAAAAAAAAAUAGCUUCUCAGAGGGAAAAAACGUUUAUAUAGACGUCAAAGGUGGCCAUAUCAGACCACUACUCAAAAUAACCUCAGAUAUCUCAAAAUGGUCAAAGCUAGAUGGUGUCAAAGAAAUUCUAAAUUUUAUUAAGGAUUAA